UCUAGGAAUAUUCCCUAGACUCCUUUACGCGGAUCCAUCACCAUUCGAAGCAAAGAUCUUAAUACUGCAAUCGUAGGUACAACCUACGAGUCUAUUAUUUUAUAUAGUGAUGUCAGUAGGUGGCAUUUGGCAAUCGCUGUGCCAUCUACUAUUAGAGAUAAAGCUCUCUAUACAUCCUUAUGUUAUUUAGAAUUUGUGAUGUGUACUAAGUUUGGAUAUCUUGACUAAACAUUUCAUCUAUAACACAAUUGUGUUAUAAUUUUUUCUAUACAUCGAGUCGUUUUUUAUUAGUAACACUUUAAACAGCUGUCAUUUUUUAAAUGGAUUCAGGUGAGGUGUCAACGCAAAAGAAACACAAAAAACAUAAACACAAAAAACAUAAGAAAAGAAAGAUAAUACACGAGGAUAGUGAUGGUUUUACUACUGAAGUACCUGAAGGUGAAAGAAAAAAAAUGUUUAAAGUUAAAGUUAAAAAGGAAGACGAAAGGAGCAUUGAAAAGAUUCGUGAAAAAUCUACAAAGAUAACCAAUUUAAGUUCAACAGGAUGUGUUGCUACAUCUUCUUCAAAAGUUCAGACUAAAAAAAAGAUUCCAAAGAGUAACAAAGGAAAAGAUAGUGGUACUAGUAGCGAAGAAGAAAGGUGGUUAGAUGCUAUAGAAUCUGGAAAGCUUGAGGAGGUAGAUGAUGAAUUGAAAAAGAUCAAACCAAAAGAUCCAAAAUUGAUGACUGCACGACAAAGAGCCAUGUUUGAAAGAAAAACGGAUACAGAACCAAAUCCGGGAGUAGAACAACUUAUGUCAUUACCAACGGGAUAUAAAGAAAAGGUUAUGACUGCGGAAGCAAUUCAAAAAGCUGCUCUUAAGUCCUUAAAAAGAAAACAACUUGCUGAUGAAAAAAGGGAGAAAGAUAAAAAAAAGACGAUGGAAAGAUUAUUAAAAAAACAAGAAUCGAAAGCUUCGAAAAUAAUUGGUAAAGGUAAACCAUCUAAAAGACAAGUUCCUCUUGUUACUUAUCGUAUGACAAUAGGAGGAAGUUCAAUAUCUUUACCACCGGGAGAAGAAUUUCCACUAAAACCAGCGAAAGUAAAAGAAAUACCAGUACCGGUUCUGUGCAGCGUGAACAAAUGUAAAAAUCUGAAGAAAUAUUCUUGUUCUAAAACAGGUGUUCCUUUGUGCAGUUUAGAAUGUUACAAGACAAAUAUAUUAUUAAAAGUAUGAUAGUUAAUGUAAAUAGACGUUAGGAAUAUGUACAAAUGUUAUUAGAUAUGAAUAAUUUAAAAGAAAAUUUUUAUAAAACUAA